AUGACAGUAAAUACUACUUUUUCUCCCAAGAAAGAGGAGAAACAAUGGAAAGGACCACAAGAAAAAAGCAAAACCACCCUCAGAAGUAAAACAUCCAAGGAAGACGCUCAAAGAAAAAGCAGCACCUCGUCAUUAAAUCCCAUGCAAAAGAAAAUUAAAGAACCGCUAAAGAAGGAACCAACAAGCCAAAAGUUAGCAGAAGUCAAAGCCGAGCAGUUCAUCUACCAGUCCGUCCCAGAAAGACGCUUCUCCAGAGACCGGGCGUAUGAAAUAAUAAAACGCAUUGUCGACGAAAGACUGGAGACGGUCGAGUACAGCUGCGCAUGCGCGGUUACCGCCAAAGAGCUCUCCGACUGCAUUAAAGCGGCAGUAAAGAAGUUAAUGUACGAUCGAUAUAAACUAGUCUGUUGUGUGACCAUCGGACAACUGAAGGACUCGAUGGUGAACUGCGGCAGUAGAGCCAUCUGGUGUCCCACUUCUGACACUUUUACUGAAUAUAUCUAUAAAAACAGAUCUUUAUUUGCUGUCUGCAUCUUGUUUGCGGUGUAUAAAGAGUAG